GCAGCAAAGGCCGGAAACUCACCAAAGAACACUUCUGUUAAGGCUCCUUUCGCUAUUCCGUCUCCAAAAACAUCGAUCUCGAAGCUCCUGUUUUCCCAUUUAGACAAGAGGAAAACAGAUGCGAGAUUGAUCUCAAGGUGGAUUAGGGUGAUCUCUAAUAUUCAUGCUCCAAUUUCGGUCCCUCCCUUAGUUAAGACUACCGCUCAAACAUCCGCAGCGUCAUCCUUGCCCAUCUUUCCAGUCGAAAACGAGACCAAGGAUGCACCCAGGGACGCUUGUGCGCUGAGUAGCGCUAACGUAGAGAACAAUGCUUGCCUCAAAGGUGACAGUGCCUCAUCUUCCACGGCCGCCCCCGACUGCGGGCCUGUGGUCCUUCCUAAUCCAACGGGAGAGGCAAAAGUUAUGAAAGGAAAUUACGUACUCUGUGGAUCUAGUAGAACAAGUUAUUUUAUCAUCCGUAGAGAAAGAGAAGCCGCGCUCAUAAUUCUCAGAGCAGGCAGCUUCCUACUUUGAGGAUGUUGAGUACGUUUUUUGAGGAUGUUGAGUACAUUUUUUCCUUUCAUACCAGCUGACCAAAAUAUCGGAGGUACCUCCAGCGGCACAACAGCUACCAAUCAAGUUCAAGGGACCACUGCUGCCAAUCUUAAGGGUUUCCGAAAUGCAUCCCUCACUGCCAUCCUUGGCUCCUUUUCAAGGGGAAAAUAGGCCAAGGAUGUUCUGAAGAAUGCAACUCCGCAACCUCUAACAAUGGUCUGCUCGACCAACGAAAUGG